AGGGCCACCAUAUGAAGGCGGAGCUAUUCAAGUUUCAAGAUGGCAGAGAACGUCAACCAGGUGGAAAGCGGUGAACCAAAUUUUGUUUCUGAUGAAGAAUCUGAAGAGGAAUCUUCAGGCCCUGGGGUGGAGGAAAUUCCUGCCAGGACUAUACCACCGUUUGAACUUAACCCAGAUGAUACCGAUGUUGAUUUGAACCACAGACGGAUUGACAGGAUUGAAGGAUUUCACGUCCUCCGACAAGUUGAGACUCUUUGCCUGCGUCAGAACUUGAUCAAGAAAUUGGAGAACCUGGAAUCUUUGACCACACUGACCGAGCUCGACGUGUACGACAACGCCAUCACCACCAUUGAGAACCUCGGUGCACUGGUUAAUUUGAAAAUACUGGACCUGUCUUUCAACAAGAUCCGUAAGCUGGAAAACCUGGAUAGCCUGGUGAAUCUGGUGAAGCUCUUCGUCAUCAACAAUAAGGUCUCCACAAUCGAAAACGUCAGCCACCUCAGCCAACUGACGAUGUUGGAGCUCGGCGACAACCGAAUCCGGAAACUGGAGAACUUGGACGCGCUGGUGAAUCUAGAGAGUUUAUUCGUGGGGAAGAACAAGAUCUCAAAGCUAGAGAACCUUGGAAGUUUAAAGAACCUCAGAGUGCUCAGCAUACAGAGUAAUCGUAUCGUCAAGCUAGAAGGUCUGGAGGAACUGGAAAAUCUGGAAGAGUUAUACAUCAGUCACAACGGUAUCCAGACGAUCGAGAAUCUAGACCAGAAUGUCAAACUGACCACCCUGGAUCUGGCCGGUAACCGGAUAUCCCGUCUAGAGAACAUCAGCCAUCUCGUAUUGCUGGAAGAGUUUUGGUUUAACAACAAUCGGCUAGACCACUGGCCCGAUGUGGACCAGCUGAAGGGCGCCACCACACUCCAGACCGUGUACUUUGAGCACAACCCCAUCGCCAAAGACCCAAUGUACAGGAAGAAGAUCAAGCUGGCCCUUCCCUCGGUUACGCAGAUCGACGCAACCUACACCAGGUAGACAAACCCUCGCCAGAGGAAAAAAAAAAAUAGCCGUUGUUCACUUUGAGUAGUUUGAGAACGUAGACCGAUCAGAAGAUAUCAGCCGGCUUGCAGUGGCGGCCUGAACACACACAUUCAUCAUGAGGUCUUCGUCAGGGUUUCCAGGGGCAGGGGCGUCUCGGCGUCUGUUGAACCCCCCAGUUGGCCAGUUUCGGUACCUUACUUUGCUCACGGAUGCCCGUGAAAGAAACAAAAUUUCAACAAAUUCGGCGCCCCGUUUGUCAUUCGGAUGCAGAUGUUGACGCCUCGUUUCCCAUUGCUGGGCAAAACUGUGAUCUCCGCCAUAAUCCCAAACUUAAAAACACUCCAAAAGUUCUGUCAGAUACUUGAUAUGGAGUCCUCGUAUGACAGCUUCUCAAAGGCAGAUCUGUCAUUCGUAAUGGUGCUGUUUUCUAACAAAACGUGUGCCCACGAUGGAGGCUGGCAACUUUGCAUUGAAUGCAAUCGUGGAAGAUAUCGGAGUUGACCUCAACGGUGGUACACGCCAGACACUACAUUUUGUUUUUAUUUCCCAUGUACGACAGUACAUGUACGGUGAAAAACAGACAUCUGAAUGUUUGCAUGAAUUUGUACCAAAAAAAUGCUACCAAAAUGUACAUUUACAUCUUAACGAGUAUAUUCACUGACCAGAACUGAAGUGUGCAAAUAUAGAAGUAAAACUUACUGAAGAGACAGACGUGGAUAGUAAUCAUUAUCUGUUUACCAUUUACACGUAGAAAUAAAAUAAGGUACAAAUAAGUUGAGCAAGGGAAUUUCUUGGAUUAUGGGCAAAGUGCCCCAACCUUGUAGAGCGUUCGUUGUGAAGUGUUCAUGUUGUUGAAUUGGACGUAUUUAAGUCUUAAAACAGAAGAGCUUCUUGCCAGCAUGUUAACGCACUCGGCGCUAAUGUGCUGUAGCGUACCUGUUUGUUUUUUAGACACUGUAUAAAAAGUUGUCCGCUUACAUGUGCAUGUACUCCCCGAUAUUGGCUGGAUUUGCCUGAAGGCGGGCUCAUACUUCAGGCGAAUGCACACAAGCGAAGUGGAUUUGACGUCACGGACUGUUUGUCGUGGUAUCCGCUCGAGUUGAAAUGCAUUCAACGUUUGUGAAUUUGCAGCGAGGAUGACACGUUGUCGUUUGCCUUUGUUCCAAGUAUGAACCCGGCGUUCAGUCGGCAUGUCUGCUGGACAAUAACAUGCACUUUGACAGCAAAAAUGCAGUGCUGGGCCGAAAUUCGUACGGGCGUGGAGCAGAACACAUCGCCGUACAGACGUACAGUAAUUUGUAGGGCAGACUGUGCAACUCGCCCAGGACUCCAACUAGUGUUGUACUGCAGCCCACCACGUGUCCUGUCAGAAGUCCCUAAACGAGCCCAGUCAGAAGUAACAGGGUUAAACAAUGACAAAAGGAUGCUUUUGUCACAGCCGAUUUGAAUAGCUUGUGAAUUGGCCUAUGACCGAAUGAUAGUAAUAGUCACUUCUUAUAUAGCGCAAAUUACGGAAUGUCUUCUUGCACUGUUUUAUCAUUAUCCUUGCACACUGGGCUCACACAUCAUCUGAACAUGCCUGAAACCAUCUCAGCUCCCUGGGGAGUAUACUAGCCCGGUGCUGCCAUUUCGGUGCAAACUGCUAUAAAACACUACCGUGUCUGCCCUCACGGGUACCCAUUUACUCCUUGGUGGAGAGAGGCACAUAGGGGUCGAGUGACUUGCCCAAAUCACAACAUGAAUAUGGACUCGUAAACAACAUUGACUCCAACAGUAACCAACGGCAUGUCAGUGUGCAUCAUGUGCGAAUCAUCGCUCAAGAAGGAAGGACAUUGGUCACAAUAACGUCACACGAACUCGAGUCAAUGUGACAAUGUAUGUGAACGAUGAUUUUUUUCCACCCUAUGUGGAGUAUUGUACAGGACUUGUAUUUCUACUUAAAGUUUGAAACCAGGGGUUGUUUGUGUAAUGGUGGUGGAUUAACACUAGUUGGCAAGAUUUUCAAGGUUAA